GAAAUGGUGGCCUAAAACGACCCUGCGCUGUUGCACGCAGCCCGUUUGUUAUUUUAAACAGGCAGGAGAAGAGGCAGCCCAGGGUCCUUCACGGCUAUCUGCGAGAAAAGUAAAUGGAGUAAAGAACUACAACUGAGAGAAGAUAAGGAUGAUCCAGAAAGUGCUCAAUAAGUUCAUCGGUACCAAGUACACAUCUAUUGUAAGGACGUGGGUGCCAAAUUUGGUUGCCUGGGGAACAGUUGGCGGAGUGGCUCUCAUCCACUUCACAGACUGGCGAUUAUUUCUAGACUAUGUGCCAUACAUUAAAGGGAAGUUCAUCAAGGAUGAGUAAAGUCCUAUACAACUAAAUUGACCAGAGCUUGGGAAUGGGCUAAUGGGUGGAACUCUUACACAACACGAACUUAGAGAGAUGCCCUGGCUCAGCAAUCUACUGAGGGCUGCUCUGGAGUUCGGACAAUUGGAUGCACUGUGUAUAAAUGCUGUUCUUUGUUGAGUUAUUUUAUGUGAAUAAAUCUCUAAUGUACCCUAAA